AUUCCGAUAAUAUUUGUCAACCGUUACUGUAAUAUUUUGUAUAUAUAUGUAGGGUAUGAAGUCAUUUGGGCAAGUCACUGACCAGGUGGCCACCAUGAUUCUUCUGUUUAUAACAACGAUUUUAUAUGCACAUGUGAAUUGCCAGUACUAUGCUUCGCCAUACGUGGUUCAAUCACCAUCUUACGGGUGCAGCUGCUGCUCACCACCAGUCACCUUACAGGCGCCACCGUCUCCCCCUAUCUACGUGUCCCUUCCCGCCCCAUCUCCAUUUACCGUUACCCCACCGCCACUCCCGCCAAUGAUGAUAGAAUUGCCAAUGCCGCCACCGAUAACGCUAACGCCACCCCCAGGGCCGCCAAUGUGCAUAACUCCGCCUGCAUCGCCCCCUAUAACGAUAAACCCACCUCCAUCUCCCCCAUUAACAAUCAACCCCCCACCAUUACCACCUAUGUGUGUAACACCGCCUCAGCAACCACCAGUAUUUGUCACUCCACCGAUUCCUCCGCCAAUCUUCUUGGAACUACCGCUUCCUCCUGCAUUUGUGAUUGAGCUUCCUGCUCCCCCACCGAUCGUAGUACAACCGCCCCCUUUGCCUCCUGUGAUGGUUCAGCCGCCUCCGCUACCACCGAUGCCCGUGCAACCGCCGCCGCCACCUCCAAUGAUGAUAACACCUCCCAAUCCGCCUCCAAUAUGUGUGCAACCACCUCCGCCAGGCCCUAUAACCUUUCAACCUCCACCGCCGGAGCCGAUGUAUGUGCAACCGCCGUCUCCUUGUCCGAUCAACGUGCAGCCACCUCCGCUGCCCCCAAUCUGCGUCCAGCCCCCAUCGCCACCACCCAUGUGUAUUCAACCACCACCACUAGAACCCUUCUGCCUGCAGCCGCCUCCUCCGGCACCUAUCUGCUUCCAGUCUGGACCGCCUUGCUCGUGCGGUCAGCCCUUCUCAGCGCAACCGACGCCUAUAUACUUAUAAAUUACAUAAAACAACUGUUAAUUAAGAAUUGUAAUACAAUCAAAAUAAAUUAUUGAUACACGA